GUACAUACUUUUUUCUACUCCCUAAUUAACAGUCCCACUGUGUCCAUCAUUUAGAAAUCACCUCGCCUAGGGAUCUUAUAAUUCCUGAUCUACUUCCUAUAUUUGCAUUACAUAAAAUUAUCAACACACGUAUUUUCCAAUGAGUUUACUAAUCGACUCCACAUCUUUACUGACACCCACCAUGUCCAGCUUGGAAGACUUGCUGCGUGUCACCAACAUUGCACUCAUUUCCUCUGCCGACCAGUUGAAGAACCAGGCUGUCAGCAGUGAUAACGGGUUGUUAUUGGACGAGAGCAAUUACUCAAUGGACCAAAUCGGUGAAUACUCGUCGCUGCCACAAACGUUAACGUUGGAGAGUGCCAGUGACUCGAUAUUAAGUUCGGCGGCCGAUACCACCAGUAGCAGUGCUGCUUCCAGUUCACUGGGAAACUCAGGCUCAUUAGAAGAUAACAGUGCGGCUGCCACUCUUGAUAUGGUUACGGUCAAGUUGUACGUGAUAUUGGGGUCGUUGAUGUUUGCUACGGCUGUUGUUGGCAGUGUGUGAUGGGUUUAUGAGUAAUUAAUGAUGAAUGAAUAGUAGUAGCUAUGUAGCAAAUCGACAUUGUUGCGUAUGGAUUGUAACGUGAGGUGACAGACGUUUGAAAUAUCGGGUGUAACGGUAUCAAUACCAUUACGUAGACAAGGUGCUUGUGAGUUGAUAGGAGUCUGAAUAUUACCAAUAAUAGUUGGUUUCAUAGAAUUGUCGUUUUACUGAGUGGUGUCUUGGGCCUUUAAUAUUUGAUUUGUACGCUCGUAGAAUAUGCCAGUUGACACAUGCUCUAUAACCCCCUGUACUUGUUGUACUCUUGCCUCCAUCCCUCGAAAAAUGCUUUGAAAAAGUCCACUCCAUUCUGUACAUCCUCCAGUCCACACAUGGCACGGACACUGUGCAUCGACAAUAUGGGAAGACCAAUGUCGAUAACCCUUGCACCCGUAGCAGUCGCCAAAUAUGGUCCAAUGGUGCCUCCCAGACUGGCGUCGUUUCUGAUAUGAAACUGUUGAAGCUUCAAUUGGUUCUGACUGGUGAGUGUCUUCAAUAAGUUAUACCCUACAUACUCACUGGCCACAUGACCGUUGGCAUCGAUUUUGAUCGUCAUCCCGGUGUUGGGCAACGGAUAGUGCUUGUCCAAGUAUGCCGACUUGAAAUUGGGGUUCAUCAAAUGCGUUACAUCUGCCGAAAGAAGUAUCGAGUUGGCAAAAACCACCGACUGCACUGGAGGCUGUUUCUGGCAUGAGGUAUGAGUUGAAGGGAUAAGU